CAGUUAAAGAAGAAAAUUUUAUAUCUGUGUAUUUACAAAUAAAGUUACGAAUAGCUUUGAAUGAAGUAAUUAAAUAAAUUUUAUAUUGAGGUGUACAACCUUAUUUUUCCUACUUUCCGACAAACUCAAAGAAAUUCCAUAGUCAAUAUUUUAUUAAAAAAAAAAAAAAAAUGAUGGAGGAUUCAACUGCUCAAAUGAGGUAUCAAUACCAACAUCAACAAUCUUAUGAUCAGGGAAGAGAUGUAAGAAUGCUUGAAGAUCGUCGGAAUAAAUUAAUGAUGAUGCUCGAGAGCAAUCAACCUAACAGACAACAAAUUCAGAUGGAAAUUCGUUCUGUUGAAACACAAUUACAACAAAUGCGAAUGCAAAAACAAGGAAUGGUUGAUUUUAAUAUGCAUCAUCAGCAAAUGCAUCCAGCAAUGAACAAAAUGAACCAAACUGCAGUCUGGAAUCAAGGUUACAACAUAGAUUCAGGUAUUCAAACAGCUGCUCCUUCUGUCAAAGGUUAUGAUGACGAUGAAGUUGCAUCCCAUCAUUCUUAUCAGCAGAUUGAAUGGGACCAAUUCUCUGGUGAACCAAUGGAUACUGCAAUAAAUGAUCAGUUUAAUAACAAUAGAAGUCAGCGUGCUAGAACAGGAAUGUUUCCUGAGGCUAUGCAUGAAAAUAUGGAACUCUCUCAUGCACAAAUUCAUAAUAACAACUCUGCUGUACCUCAACGUCUUGCUGAACCAACUCAAAUGCUUAAGAACAAUGUAAUUGACCUUAUCAAUUAUCAAGAUGAGACAGAUGUAGCACUUAGAGCUGUACCAGAGCUUGCUCGUUUAUUAUGUAAUAGUGAUGCUCAAACUAUUCAUCAGGCUUCUAUUAUGGUCAACCAGCUAACAAAGAAGGAAGCUAGUUGUUAUGCAGUUAUGAAUAACACAAACAUUGUUGCUGCAUUGGUUGGUGUGACUGCAACUUCAAAUGAUGGAGAAACUAUACGCAAUGUUGUUGGUGCUUUACAUAAUAUGAGCCAUCACAGACAAGGUUUAAUGGCUAUUUUCAAAUGUAGUGGAAUUCCAGCUUUAGUAAAAUUGUUAGGCCAUCGAAUUGAAGCUGUUGUUUUUUAUGCAAUUACAACUUUGCACAAUCUUCUCCUCCAUCAAGAAGGUGCAAAGAUGGCUGUCCGUUUAGCUUUAGGUUUGCAGAAGAUGGUCUCUCUUUUGCAGAGGCCAAAUGUAAAAUUUCUUGCAAUUGUAACAGAUUGUUUACAAAUUUUGGCAUAUGGUAACCAAGAAUCUAAGCUGAUUAUUUUAUCUUCUGGUGGACCUGCUGAACUUGUUCGCAUAAUGAGAAGCUAUACUUAUGAAAAAUUGUUAUAUACAACUUGUCGAGUUUUAAAAGUACUUUCUGUAUGUUCCAGCAAUAAACCUGCUAUUGUUGAGGCUGGAGGUAUGCAAGCAUUGGCACAUUAUUUGUCUCAUCAGAGCACGCGUCUUGUACAAAAUUGUUUAUGGACCUUGAGAAAUCUUUCUGAUGUAGCUACUAAACAAGAUGGUUUAGAAGGACUCUUGCAGAUGCUUGUACAACUUUUAUCUUCAAAUGAUAUCAAUGUUGUUACAUGUGUUUCUGGCAUUAUAUCAAAUUUAACUUGCAACAAUCCUCGGAAUAAGCAAGUUGUAUUUCAAGUGGGUGGAAUUGAAGCAUUAGUUCGAACAAUCAUAAAUGCUGGUGACCGUGAGGAAAUAACUGAACCAGCUGUAUGUGCGUUGCGCCAUCUUACAAGUAGACAUCCAGAUGCAGAGCAUGCAGAAAAUGGUGUAAGAUUACAUUAUGGAAUACCAAUUCUUGUAAAGUUGUUAAAUCCUCCUUCUCGCUGGCCUUUAAUUAAAGCUGUUGUUGGCUUAAUUAGGAACCUUGGUUUGUGUCCUAGCAACCAUACUCCUAUUCGUGAUCAAGGUGGUCUUCCUAAGCUUGUGCAGUUGUUAAUGAAAUCAUAUCAAGAUAUUCAGAGACGUGGUCCAGGAGCCCAGAAUAUGCAAGACGGUGUUAGAAUGGAGGAAAUUGUUGAGGGGACUGUUGGCGCUCUUCACAUUUUAGCUCGAGAAGCUCUAAAUCGUUCAAUUAUUCGCGACCUAAAUUGUAUUCCUACAUUUGUUCAACUUUUGUAUUCUGAAGUUGAAAAUAUUGUUCGUGUGGCUGCCGGUGUAUUAUGUGAGUUAGCUCAAGAUAAAGAAGGGGCUGACGCUAUUGAGCGUGAAGGUGCAACAACUAUUUUAACUGAACUUUUACAUUCUCGAAAUGAUGGCAUUGCAGCAUAUGCUGCUGCUGUGCUUUUCCGCAUGUCAGAAGACAAAAGUCAAGAUUACAAAAAACGACUCUCUGUUGAAUUAACUAGUUCACUAUUUCGUGAUGACGUUCCUUGGGAGCCUGGUAAUACGGAAAUGGCUGAUAUUCUUACUUCACAGUCUUAUGCUGAUGAAAUAUAUUCGCCUCACGUGUCACAAAACAACUUAUCUUAUAAUCCAAAUAGCUAUCAACAUCAGCAAAGCGGGAUGUUUCCGCAAAUGCAAAAUAAUGUGACGCAGGGUUGGUUUGACCCUGACUUGUAGAAAACUAACUCUACGACUAUUAUAAAUGCGUUGAUGUUUUUGUUGUGUUUUUACCACGCGAUUACAUUUGGAAAAUCGCCCUCUACUUUUCAUCAUUUUUCUUUAGUACUGUAUGUAUAUAUUUUAGCUUAAAUCAACCCUACAUAAUGCUUAUAAUAUACCCUUUUUCUCCAAAUUUUUUCAUUGUGCAAUAGGUUGCUAUUGCUUUAUUAAUAUUGCUCUAAACAAGCUUUGAAGAAGUUAAGCCAUUAAAUUAACAAAUAUUCGUUUUUAACCUAAUUUUAUCACUAGCGUACUAUUUUAUUUAAGUUGCGAAACUGUGUAAAAUGAAAUAUUUUGACAAACUACUUCGGUUAUGGAGAUAAUUAUAUUUCGUGUUUACGGAAAACUUUUUAAAAAUGUUUUUAAUUGAUUUACUUGCACAAUAAUGUCAAAUUUUUUAAAAUAAAUUUGUUUUUACA